AUGCCAGCCAAUGACCCGGGAAGCGAUGCCACGACAGCGGCCGAACCGGCCGAGGUGCCGCUCUCUGCCGCAGUGCCAGUUGAGCCUCAGAAGAUCUCCGCUCCGAAAGCUGGAAGUGAAGUGAGCUCCGAAUGCUCACUGGAGUUCAAACGCCUGUUGCAGCUGCUGGCAGCGCAACAUGUGCAGGACAUGGCAAAGCUCCGGUCGGAGCUUGCGACCCAAGGCUCCGAUGUGGUCAAGGACUCCAAGGAGCCACCACCAAGCUUGACUAUAUCCAGAUCGGGGUCCAUCAGUAGUGCACCACCGCCCGCACCGCGGGAGCCGCCAGUGGCCCGCGAGCCGAGCAACAGGCCGACGCCUCGGCUUUCGGUUAUGCCUCCGCAGCGGUUCGACCCCAACAGCCCCCACAGCAUGAGGGACCGGAGUCAAGAUGGCAGCCAGGUCUCACGGCUUGAUCGCUGGGCCGAAUUCUUGCAGUCUGCAACGUUUGAGUCAGCGCUGUCAGCUCUGCUGGUUGCAAACGUGUUCUUCAUGGCCCUGGAGAUGCAAUUCCUCGGCAUGAUCUCGGGCUGGGAAAUAGAGAAGUACGAGGAACCCACUCUGUCACAAGACUCUUGGCCAACCAUCAACCGCGUCAUCACAACGGGCGAUUUCGUUUUUUCGGCAAUUUUUGCUGUCGACGUCACUGUUCGAAUAGUUGUGUUGCGGUGUCGCUUCUGGCGGACGGUGAUGAACUGGAUUGACGCCAUCGUCGUGGCAACAUCAAGCGUGCAGUGGUUCAUGCCAAGCUUAGCCAUCGAUGCGGUCUACCUGCGACUUAUUCGCUUGGGGAAGUUGGCCAGAGCAUUUCGAAUGGUCACCAUGUCACGAUCAAUGGAUUCCUUGCAGCUCCUAUUGAAAUGCUGCGCCUCGUCCGUGGACAUGCUCUUCUGGUCAUUUUGUCUGCUCACUUUUAUCCAAUGCAUUGCUGGGAUGAUCUUGAGCGCUUUGGUCAGAGAGUACCUCAACGACGACACCAAACCGCUGGUAAUCCGGCAGCAGGUUUGGGAUUAUUAUGGCACUUUCACUCGCACCUUUCUGACGAUGUUCGAAAUUUUAUUUGCAAACUGGGGACCACCUUGUCGCGUGCUUGUGGACUUCGUCGACGAAGCGUUUUCCUUGUUCUUUCUGGUUUACAGGUGCAUGAUUGGAUUUGCCGUGUUGAAUGUUGUGAAUGCCGUGUUUGUGCAGCAAACGAUGCUUAUGGCGGCAAAUGAUGAAGAUCUGGCUUUCAAGCAGAAACAAAAGGACUGGGCUCUGUACACCAAGAAGGUCCAACGGUUGUUUAGCGCCAUGGAUACUUCAGAGGAUGGUAUGGUGACCUUUGAUGAGUUUGCCCAGCUCAUUGAGUCUCCGAAGCUUCGGUUUUGGAUGAGCCAAUUGGAGCUGGAUUACCAUGAUCUGCUGGGCCUCUUUGAGAUGUUAGACGACGGGGACGGAGAGAUAUCAAUGAAGGAAUUCCUCGAAUCCGCUCGGAAGCUGAAAGGCCCUGCCAAAGCCAUCGACAUGCAUCGCUUGGAGACCAAGCUCGAGCUGCUACUUGCGCAGCUGUUGGCCAACACGCUGUCUCCUGCUGGACCGUCACACCGGUCUUCGACGCGUUCUUUGCAGACGCUCUUCACAGCUGCCGGCCUCUCCCGUGAGAGCCAUGGCUUUGCCUCACGGAUGGCAGCCGCCACGGCCUUGGGUGAGGCAAGAAAGCAGCAUAGUUCCCUUGUCAACUUGUCCAAACUUGUCCAGGUGACUCUUCCCUGUGGCCGCUGGUGCAUCACAGUCUGUGCAGAGGACCGGGAGGUGGCGCAAAAGCUACGCCCGGAGAACAUGGUGCCAGGCUCAGUUCUGCACGGGCUCGUUAAAUAG